GUAAGUCCCUGGAGGUGGGACGAGGGCAGGGCUGCCGGAAUGCGACGUGUCUCGGAACGAACUUAAAUACGUUUCUUUUUCCGCGUCUCUUCACAAUCUACAUUCAAAAACUUCACCUGCACUCUCAGUCUGCCCCGCCUCCGAGCGAAGGUCUAUAAUCGAGCGCACUCCACCGGAGAGACAUGCCUGGAACCACAACUCAAAACACGGAUCUGCAAAGAUCAACUAAUGUGGUAUAUCAAGCCCACCAUGUUAGCCGCAGUAAGAGAGGGCAGGUGGUGGGAACCAGAGAAGGUUUCAGAGGUUGUACAGUCUGGCUCACUGGUCUGUCAGGGGCUGGUAAGACAACGGUGGGCUUUGCAUUAGAGGAGUAUCUGGUGUCCCACGCCAUUCCAUGCUACUCUCUGGAUGGUGAUAACAUCCGUCACGGCCUGAAUAAGAAUCUGGGCUUUAGUUCAGAGGAUCGAGAGGAGAAUAUUCGGCGUAUUGCUGAGGUGGCCAAAAUGUUUGCAGAUGCUGGGCUGGUCUGCAUCACAAGUUUCAUCUCACCAUUUACCAAAGAUCGUAUGGACGCCCGGCGCAUCCAUGAAAGUGCUGGCUUGCCAUUUUUUGAGGUGUUUGUGAAUGCUUCUCUGGAGGUGUGUGAGAGCAGAGAUGUUAAAGGACUUUAUAAGAAAGCAAGAGCUGGAGAGAUUAAAGGCUUCACUGGUAUAGAUUCAGAGUAUGAGGGUCCAGAAGCUCCUGAGCUGGUUCUAAAGACUGGAGAGCUCACUGUGAACGAUUGCAUCCAACAGUUGGUGGAUCUUCUGAAGGAGCAGAGCAUCAUUCCCAGUGGAGUUGUUGAGGAGAUUAAUGAACUCUUUAUGCCUGAGAACAAACUGAAGCUGGCACAGGCAGACGCCAGCACCCUGCCCUCUAUCAGCAUCACCAAGUUGGAUUUACAAUGGGUGCAGGUGUUGGCUGAAGGUUGGGCUAGCCCUCUUAACGGCUUCAUGAGGGAGAGAGAAUACUUACAAGUUCUUCACUUCAACACACUACUGGAUGGUGGUACAAUCAACCUCUCAGUACCCAUUGUCCUUCCUGUUGCUACGGAGAUAAAAGAAAGUCUAAAUGGCAGCGUGGCUGUGGCUCUGGAGUACCAGGGAAAACGUGUGGCUAUCUUGCGGAACCCUGAGUUUUUUGAGCAUCGAAAGGAAGAGCGAUGUGCUCGCCAAUGGGGAACAAGCUCUCCCAAACACCCUUACAUAAAGAUGGUAAUGGAGAGUGGUGAUUGGCUGGUAGGGGGUGAGUUAGAGGUGUUUGAGCGAAUCAGAUGGAAUGAUGGUCUGGAUCAGUACCGUCUCACCCCACAGGAGCUAAAGCAGAAAUUUAAAGAGAUGAAAGCAGACGCCGUAUUUGCCUUUCAGUUGAGAAACCCAGUUCACAAUGGCCACGCACUGCUGAUGAGUGACACGCGUCGACGAUUAGAGGAACGUGGAUAUCGAAGGCCAGUGCUGCUGUUGCAUCCUUUGGGAGGCUGGACCAAAGAUGAUGAUGUGCCUCUGGACUGGAGGAUGAAACAGCAUGCGGCCGUGUUGGAGGAGGGCAUUCUAGACCCACACUCCACCAUUGUGGCCAUCUUUCCCUCCCCUAUGUUGUAUGCAGGACCGACUGAAGUACAGUGGCACUGUCGUGCAAGGAUGGUUGCCGGGUCUAAUUUUUACAUUGUGGGCCGUGAUCCUGCUGGAAUGCCCCAUCCGGAAUCAGGGCAGGACCUGUAUGAUCCAUCUCACGGGGGUAAAGUUCUGUCCAUGGCACCUGGACUCACUUCUGUGGAGAUCAUCCCAUUCAGAGUGGCAGCAUACAAUAAGACCAAGAAGUCCAUGGACUUCUAUGACAAGGACAGGCAUGCCGAAUUUGAGUUCAUCUCCGGGACCAGGAUGCGCAAGCUGGCUCGCAGUGGAGAAAACCCUCCUGAUGGCUUCAUGGCUCCCAAAGCCUGGAAGAUCCUGACUGAGUAUUACCAUUCCCUACAGAAAGAUCACUGAUGACAUAGCAACGGCCCCUUACAAGACAUUCUAACACAGAAACCUCUCAAGAGUUUUGAAGAAAUAUGUUUUUUGCACUUUGAAUACCUCAGUUCACUAGUGUAAGGCAUUGAACAAUGAAGGUGCACACUUGCACUUACAAUAUGUUACCUUUGGCCUUAAAGGGGUAGUUUACCAAAAAAAUUAGCUCAUUAUUUACUUACCCUCAUGACAUCCUAGAUGUGUAUGACUCUCUUCUGUUGAACACAAACAAAAGAUUUUGGAAGAAUAUUUCAGCUCUGCAGGUCCAUACAAUGCAAGUGAAUAGUGACCAGAAAUCAAGGACAUUAAGGCAGCAUAAAAGUAAUGCAUACGAUGGUUAAAUUCAUAUCCUCAGAAGUGAUAUGAUAGGUGUGGGUGAGAAAUAGAUACAUAUUUAAGUCCUGUUUUUUUACUAUAAUCCUUUUUUAUUAUCAUCCCUAACCAGUAGGUGGAGAUAUCAAAGAAUGCGAAUCACCAAAAAACAAAAGGGGUGAAUGUUGAGAUUUAUAGUAAAACAUUACUUAAAUAUGUAUGUUUCCCACCCGCACUUAUGAAGAUAUGGAUUUAACGACUGGAGUCUUAUGGAUGCAUUGUAUGGACCUACAGAGCUGAGAUAUUCUUCUACAAUUCUUUGUAUGUUUUCUGCAGAACAAAGAAAGUCAUACACAUCUGGGAUGACAUGAGGGUGAGUAAAUUAUGAGAGAAUUCUCAUUUUAGGGUGAACUAUUGCUUUAAAGAAGGUCAGUUUAUGCAAAUUUACUUUUAAAAGAAUGGGAAUAUGAAAGUGAUGUGUGGGUAAAAAUAAAACUUAGUCAACUGUGAAACUUAAACUAAUGUGCCUUAAUCCUGAUUAAGAGUGUGCCAAUCCCAAAGAGAUUAUGAGAUAAUGGGCCUUGGAUGCAUGUAAAUAGGUGUAUCAUUUGUAAUCUAAAUGAAGCAUUUUUUAUUAGAGCAAUGUUAAUCCAAAUACUGUAAGGUAGGAUUUCACCAUGUAACCAGAAUGAUUCCGUUUACAUAGAAAGUUUUUUCUCAAGAGUUGGUUAUCUGGGAAUCAGGUUAGGAAAAACAUACUGGGGAACAUAUUUAAUGUAUUAUUUCAAAGACAAAAAUGAAUCACACUGUUUUAUUAAAGAUUUACCAGUGUAUGUGCAGUAUGAUAUAAUUUUAGACUGUAUAUCAUAUCUUAAUUAAAUCUUUGUACUGUAGUUAUAUAACCAUGACCAUAUGGCUGCUUCUUUACAUGCAACUCAACAGUGUUUGUGUAUGUACAACUUGCUUUCUGUUCCCUGAAACAAGGGCAAAAGUUACAUUUAACAGAUGGAUUGCGUAACCCGACUUUAAAGCUAGUCACAACACAGCCACAGAAAUUGUGACGCUUUACCGCCAUCCUGUGGUCACCAGCUCACAUACUAUCAUUUGGAAAAAUGGAUGAUUAUGAAAAUAUUUACUAGAGCGAAUGGUUACUGUCAUUUCAGAGAACUGUUGUAGUGUGACACAAAGAGCAAUUUAUUAUCAUUUUAUGUUUUUUUCUUCAACUUCAGGCACUUUGAAUCCCUUGUAGUUGAUUUUAAUUUAAAUACACAUAUUUCAAACAAACAUAUUUCUUUCUUUUUGUUAUAUGAAGUUCACAUUAAUAAUUGGAAACAUUUGAUCAUACCUUCAUUAAUUUUGGGAAUUUUUGUUAUAAUUUUAUAAAUGGUUCUUCUUUUUUCCUCUCUCAUAAUUUUUGGGAUAUGCUUUUAAUGCAUAGAAUUUUUUUCUCCAUAAUUUUCCAAAUCCAAAAUUCAAUAUUUAACUAUGAAAAU